AUGAAAUUUUCAAACACACUGGGGCUGCUUGGCCUUGGGGCUGUCGUUGUGGCGCUCCCCGCUGACAUUACGGAACGAGCUGAUCAACCGUGCUAUCCACAAACUAUGGACAAGGGCAAGGCCUAUCGUGAAUGCCCUAAGAAAUUCGCGGUCGACAAAGACGGACAUUGCGCCGAGGCACUCCAAAAUAUGGAAACCGCUGUUAGAGGCUGCCUUGGUUACUGUGAAAAGAAAAUCACCGCCUCCUAUGGUCCUGAAGUACCGUUCAAUCAGGGCGUAUGCCAAAGUGACACCACUUGUUCGAUUUCAGCGGGACAGUCAGUGACCGUCACCAACAGCUAUUCACUCACGGGAGGUGUGACCGUUGGCACCAAAAGAGACGAAUCUUCGCUUUUUGAAAGACAGGCGGCAGCUGCUGGAUUGCCGUCUCUCUCAGCUGCUGUUAAUCUUGGUGCUAGCUACAGCUGGAGCGAAGCUGUCGCCUACACAGUGGCCAGCACAAUGACAAAGAAUCUCGAUAAGGAUACAUGCGGAUACUGGACUUUUAUACCUUAUAUCAUGCAGACCUGCGGAGUCAUGACGUCUUCCAAGCAGCUCAGCAGUGGCGCCAAUCCCAUAAAUCCCGCAAGGUGCGAAAUGAAAAAUUUCAAGGAUACCAAAGAUUACUGCGUCAGUUUUCCUUUCAAAGACAAAAAAGGCUUCGCCGAUGGCGAGAUCGUUUUUGUCUACGUCGACUGCGAAACCCAGAAACCCAAGACGACUGGCCAAGACAACGCCUACAACUGGCCUGGUGUUCGGCCAAUGACUCAAAAAGAAAAAGAGGCUGACGCCCUGGAAAAAGUGAAACUAGCAACUCUAGCAAUGAUGAUCGGCAAGGGCAAGGGGAACUAA